CCCGAUAUUACAAGGGUCAUACCGGUUAGAUGGGCGCAACUACCUUCAAUGGGCCCAGCUUGUUCGUACCACUCUUAGAGGACGCAAAAGAAUUAGUCACAUCGAAGGCAAAGCCCCUGCUGAGACAGAUCCACACUAUGAAACAUGGGUUGAUGAGGAUUCUCUCAUUAUGACCUGGUUUUGGCACUCUGACUCCGGAGGUUAGUAGGAAUUAUAUGUUUUUCGCAACUGUUGGGGAGAUUUGGAAGAAUCUGGCAGAAACAUAUUCCAUGAAACAAGAUCUCUCAGCAUGUUUUGAAUUGGAAAAUAAAGUCUUUAAUACUAAGCAGGGAACUCUCUCUGUAACUGACUAUUAUGGCACUCUAAAUGGUCUCUGGAUCGAAUUAGAUCAGUAUCAAAGUUUGACAAUGAAGUGUGAUGAAGACUCCACUGCACUAACCCAAUUUAUUGAAAGAACACGGAUAUUUAAGUUUCUCUCUGGGCUCAACUCUGAAUUUGAUCCCAUUCGGGUUCAAAUUUUUGGUAAUAAGAAACUGUCAUCUCUUUCAGAAGUCUUUCAUACUGUUCGUGGUGAUGAAAGUAGGAGGUCGGUGAUGAUGGAAGAGAAAUCAGUUGAUGGUUCAGCUUUAGCCACCGGAAAGGGUUCCAUACAAGGAUCCACUUUGAGAGGCCCCAUUUUGAAGUCCAACAGUGAAGAUCGAUGGUGCAGUUACUGUAAAAAAUCUGGUCAUUCAAAGGACACAUGUUUCAAACUGCAUGGAAGGGAUAAAGUCCUUGGACGUAUAAGCGGGUCCAAAAAUAUUGUUCAGAGACGUGCAAAUCACACUGUUUCUAAUCUGAAAUUGAAGGCAAUCCACCUAGUUCACCCACAGAAGAUAUCCCCGGCCUUAGCAAAGCAGAACUUGAGCGCCUAAGAGCACUUAUGGACUCCUUGAGUACACCCACUGGUAAUUGUUCUCUAACAAUGACUGGAUCUUGCCACGGGGAAGACGAUUGGAAUUGCUAAGGAACGGGACGGGUUAUACUCUCUGCCGUAUAAGGAAAGUAUUUGUCAUCAAGCGAGUUCAGAACCUUGGAAUUCCUCUCAAAUAUGGUUGCAUCACAAACGUCUUGGGCAUCCUCCCUUUAAAGUUGUUCGGGCCAUGUUUCCCCAUUUAUUUACAAAAUUGUCAGUUGAGUCUUUUCACUGUGAUGUAUGUCAAUUUUCCAAACAUCAUCGUUCCACGUUUUUUCCUAGUAAUAAUAAAAGUGCCCAACCUUUUGAUUU